CUUCUUCAGAUGUUUGUUACCUGGGCUGGCAUGCUCUGGUUGGCUCAUGCUACAUCCAGAGCCACAUGCAACUAUUCCAAACGUACCACCAAAACAGGACUAGUUUAUGGUAGCACCACAAGGAACAUUAGAUCUUCAGUACCUGUUCAGCUACUGGACACUAAAUCCAUCAUGAGAGAAGCGAAGUAUCGGAAACAGGACAGGCAUCAAUCUGCUCUUACAUCCAAAAAGGCAGAGCCACAUAUUCAUAUUGAACUCUUUAUUGAAGGUGGAAGAAACAUUUUCUGGGCCGGGCCGAGAUUUGAGAGUCAGGGUGUCAUCAGGGGUUCCAGGUUGAUGCACGCUGCUCGCUGCUGGGUCCAUGGCUAUUCUAGCAGACCCAAAAAAAGAUUGGACUGAUUGGGUGGCCUUUUUCCUAGCUACCUCCGUACUCCUAAACAAUCUCACCAGAUUUUAUCAUCGCCCUCGGAAAGCAGUAGUCGAAUUUCUCUUCUGUCCGCAUACAAACCCGAUGGACCUUCGGUAGAAAGGUGCCCCAACCCUCACUCAAGCCCCGAAGGCGUACCUAGGAACUCUCGAGACCGACCACACCUACACCGGUCAAGAUGGGGAAUCUUAUAUCCUUUAUAUCGGGCGUGAUGGCUCCGUUAUUCCUGGUCUUUUCCCCAAUCACUUCAUAUGCGGAUCAGAUAUACUCGAUACACAAGUCGAAAUCCAGUGCCGGGUUUUCUCUUGAUAUCCCCUUGAUCAUGCUGUGCGCGUCCAUGUUAAGGUACCUUGGAAAGGGCUCUGGGCGCAAGUUAAACAAGCAUGCUAAUGAACAUGCGCAGAAUAUUCUAUUUCCCCGGCGCGCAAUUCGAUACCGCUCUUCUUAUCCAAUCCUUCAUCAUGAUGAUUAUGCAGACACUGCUUCUCAAGGUCGCGUUGGAUAACAGGCCGGGUCCAGCUUCAAAAGGGGGAGAUGCUGCAACACCAUUUGCAGGACAUCGGGACGGGGGAUUCGCGAGACCAUUUAACUUCUGGAAGUGGAGGUCUCCAAAGCCGUACGUUCUUUUGCAUACCCCAGCUUUAUUAACUGACGACUGACAUGUGCUUCUGCAGAUACUGGCAGUUCCUUCUCUACCUUUUCAUUACGCUCACGGCAUUCGAACUUAUUCUUACCCCCACGCCGUGGUUCUACUCCAAAUACUCCAAAUUCAUUGGGUAUCUGGGUCUCUCGAUCGAAGCAACCCUGCCCCUCCCACAAAUCUACUCCAACUACAAAUCCCGAUCAUGCAAAGGCUUUCGCGUGUCCGUGCUAGCCAAUUGGUUGGGAGGUGAUGCUAUGAAGAUGUUUUGGUUCUUUACCGCGACGACGGAAAUCACAUGGGCCUUCAAACUCUGUGGUAUUUUUCAGAUGUGCUGUGAUUGCUUCCUAGGAUUCCAAUACUACAUGUACGGAUACGGAGACGGACGGAAUGUCAAGGGCCAUGGCGAGCAUGACAUGAGCAGCGUGAGUAGCUUCGCAAACGGCAGCCAUAUUGCGCGCGCACGAACGCCGAUGGGAGAGAAGAGUGCACGAUUAGGGGAUUGA